CCCGCCUGGCUUUUUCAACAGCCCAGAGUGAUGAUACCUACAUGCAGCUCAAGAAGGACUUGGAGUAUCUGGACCUGAAGGUAGCUGGAGGUCAGAAGGAGGCAGGGAAACCUGUCAAGGUUGCAGAAAGUGACGUGGAUGUGAAGCUGAGUCGGCUGUGUGAGCAGGAUAAGAUCCUCAAAGACCUGGAGGCGACGAUCAGCUCUCUGAAGGAAGAUAAGGACAAGUUGGAGAGUGUGCUGGACGUGUCCCACCAGCAGAUGGAGCUGUACCAGGACCAGCCGGUCCACGCUCAGAAGAUCUCCUACCAGCAGAGGCUGCUGCAGGAGGACCUGGUGUCCAUCCGGGCCCAAAUAUCACGCCUCUCCACGGAGAUGGCUCAGGCCUGGGAGGAGUACAACCGGCUGGAGAGGUCCAUGGAGCAGCUGAGGACGGCGCUGCAGGCUCACAUGAACCACAGUGCCACCCCUCAGCAGGAGAAAGGAGAGAUGAAGCGCGAGUUGUGGAGGAUCGAGGACGUGAUGGGGGGGCUGAGUGCCAGCAAAGCCAACUACAAGAUCACCAUCGACUCUGUCCAGAACCCAGAGAGGAAACUAGUGCCUUCGGUGUCGGACCGCUCCGUGCCUUCUCUCAGCGCCGAGGUCCAGCCUCCGCCUCGCAGCUCCGUGCCCAACGCCCGCUCCCAAACGCUGCCUCACAGCACCGUGCCAAAGUGGGCCGAGGACAGCGCCCCCCCCAGGCCUCCCCUCCCUCACCUCUAUGACACCGAGGACCCGCCCCCCGUGGUGCCGCCGCUCCCCAAAGAGGCGUCCGUCAUCCGCCACAUGUCGGUGCGAGGGCUGAAGCGCCAAUCAGACGAGAGGAAGAGGGACCGGGAGGGCGGGCAGUACGUCGCCAACGGAGAGACGGACAUGCGGUCGUACCUGAGUGAACCAGAGCUGCCGGCCGUGAGCACGGGGGCCAACAUGGACUACCUGUACUUCCAGGGCAAAGGUAUCUGAAAUGAUACA